CAAUGCCCAUGUAGUUUCUAAGAAAGACAAGAGGCAGGGCUGGCUUGGCUGCUUCCAGAGAAGCCACAGUCACACCAUGGGAUGCAGCCUUUCCCACAGGGCAACUGGUGAGCAGUCACCAUCCAAGAGUGGGCAGCAUGGGAAAGAAACCAACAAGCAGCCUAAAAAGAAUGCAUCUCUUGUCACAGUAGGCACUUCCCCUCCAAAGGAGACAGUGAGUGAAGAUACUUCCCACAAAGGAAGAUUGCCUGAUGGUAUUACAGAAACAUUAGCGUUACCUAAGGAAGCAAAUGGUGAACAAAAUACAGACAUUAGGAGGGAAUUUGCCAAGAAGCCAACAGGUUUAACAGAAAGAGAAAGACAGACAUCAGCGGACAUCUUGGAGGAGCUUAGGACUCAAGGAAUCAUCAAGAUCACAAGUGGAACAUCUCAAAACAGACAAGAAGAUGACACCAUGACAAGAGUAGAGCAACUGAAACCAGAAUUAUUGACAGACAGAGCUUCACCAAUGACCAAUCAUAAAAACAGACCUACAGGGAGGGAGGGAAACAAUUCAACUUCUGAAGUACAAAAAGCUUCAAGUGCUUUGCAAUUGUUCUCUUUAAAUCUGAACACAAGAAGUCUGGUGCAGAAAGAAGAAGGGGGUGAGUGCUAUAGUUUUGAAGAUUUUGAUGUGGUGGAAUCUGAUGCCAACUAUAACAAAAUAAAUGAAAUGUUUUGACCACCAGAAA